AUGGCAUCUAUCAAUACAUCAUAUUUGAACCCCGAAACAGUAAUCUUGAUUGGAAUUCCUGGACUAGAACAUGUGCAGUUUUGGAUUGGGUUUCCUUUCCUUGCUGUGUGCCUAGUGGCUCUUUUGGGAAAUAUCGUUUUACUAAUCAUCAUUCCUACAGAACACAGCCUGCAUCAGCCCAUGUACAUCUUCCUGGCAGUGCUGGCAGCCACCGACAUAGGACUCUGUGCAGCCAUUGCUCCCAAGAUGUUGGCCAUCUUCUGGUUCAGAUCUUGCUCCAUGGCCUUUGACACCUGCCUAACCCAGUUGUUCUUCAUUCAUGCCUUGCAGUGCAUGGAGUCUGGCAUUCUGUUGGCCAUGGCUUUUGACCGCUAUGUUGCCAUCUGUGAUCCACUGAGACACACAUCCAUCCUCACAUCUUCCAUUCUGUGUCGCAUGAUAGUAAUAGUGGCAAUUCGAGCUACAGUGCUGGUUGGUCUGUUACCCAUUCUAAUCAAAAGAUUGCAUGUUUUUCAUUCCAUUGUGAUUGCUCACUCUUACUGUGAGCACAUGGCUGUAGUCAAGCUAGCUGCAGAAGAUGCCCAAGUCAAUAAAGCAUGUGGUCUUUUUGUGGGUUUUACCAUACUGGGAUUUGACAUGAUUUUUAUCCUCAUUUCCUAUAUCCUUAUUUUCCAGGCAGUUUUUCAUCUACGCCAAAAGGAGGCACGGCUCAAAGCAUUUAACACAUGUACAGCUCAUAUUUUUGUUUUUCUUGAGUUUUAUAUUCUUGCCUUCUUCUCCUUCUUCAGCCACCGUUUUGGACAUGUUGCUCCCCCUACCCACAUUCUUCUGUCUACUAUCUACCUCCUUGUGCCACCUGCACUCAACCCUAUUGUCUAUGGUGUAAAAAACAAGGUAAUUCGUAAGCGUGUGGCACAGAUUUUUCUUCUGAGUCAUAUAUCCCACCAGUGA